UUGCUUUUCUCCAGCUCUGUCAAUUCCCUCUUUCCCACCAUGAGUCUGCAACUGAACAUCAAGUCUGGUGGUAACAAAGGGGGCUUCAGUGGGCAUUCGGCAGUGGCGCUGAGGAAGGCUGUGGGCAGUGUGGCUUCUCACCGUGUGAAUGGCAAAGGAGCUGGGGCUAGCUUCAGCAGUCAGAGCCUCUACAGUCUUAGAGGGGGUCAGUGUAUUCCCCUCAACGUGGCUGGUGGUAGUGUUCGGACUGGAGGUUACAGCUUCUGGCCUGCCACUGGGUAUGGAGGGGGCCGGGCCACUGGCUUUGCUGGCAGAAUGUUUGGCAGUGUGGCCCUGGGGCCUGUGUGCCCAUCCAUGUGCCCACCUGGGGGAAUCCACCAGGUCACCAUCAACAAGAACCUCCUGGCCCCCCUCAACGUGGAGCUGAACCCUGAGAUCCAGAAAGUACGUGCCCAGGAGCGGGAACAGAUCAAGGCUCUGAACAACAAGUUUGCCUCUUUCAUCGACAAGGUGCGGUUCCUGGAGCAGCAGAACCAGGUGCUGGAGACCAAGUGGGAGCUGCUGCAGCAGCUGGACCUGAACAGCUGCAAGAAGAACCUGGAGCCCAUCUUUGAAGGUUACAUUAGCACCCUGCGGAAAAAGCUAGAGAUGCUGUCUGGGGACAGAGUGAGGCUGGACUCGGAGCUGAGGAGCAUGCGGGACCUGGUGGAGGACUACAAGAAGAGGUAUGAGGUGGAGAUUAAUCGACGCACGACAGCUGAGAAUGAGUUCGUGGUGCUCAAGAAGGAUGCAGAUGCAGCCUACACAGUUAAGGUGGAGCUCCAGGCCAAAGUGGACUCUCUGGAUAAAGACAUCAAGUUCCUGAAGUGUCUGUACGAUGCGGAGAUGGCUCAGAUCCAGACCCAUGCCAGUGAGACCUCUGUCAUCCUGUCCAUGGACAACAAUCGGGACCUGGAUCUGGACAGCAUCAUCGCCGAGGUCCGUGCCCAGUAUGAAAAGAUAGCCCUGAAGAGCAAGGCUGAGGCUGAGGCCCUGUACCAGAGCAAGAUCCAGGAGCUGCAACUGGCAGCCGGCCGGCAUGGUGACGACCUCAGACAGACCAAGAACGAGAUGUCAGAGCUGAACCGGCUCAUCCAGAGGAUCCGAUGUGAGACUGGAAACGUGAGGAAGCAGUGCGCCAACCUAGAGACAGCCAUUUCCGAUGCUGAGCAUCGGGGAGACAACACUCUGAAAGAUGCCCAGGCCAAGCUGGAUGAGCUGGAGGCCGCCCUGCACCAGGCCAAGGAGGAGCUGGCCCGGAUGCUGCGUGAGUACCAGGAGCUCAUGAGCCUGAAGCUGGCCCUGGACAUGGAGAUCGCCACCUACCGGAAGCUGCUGGAGGGCGAGGAGUGCUGGAUGUCUGGUGAAAAUCCAUCUUCUGUGAGCAUCUCUGUCAUCAGCAGCAGCAGUGCAAGCAGCUACCACCCUGGCUCCUCUGUGAGUACUGCCCUUGGGGCCAGUGGUAUUGCAGGGAGCUCUGGCAGCACCCGAAGUGAGCAGACCAAGAGCAAAGGGGUACAAGUAGGAGACCCCAAGGACUCUCAAGGCAAGAGCACCUCCGUCAGCGCACUAGCCAGGAAAGCUACCCGAUGA